CCAAGCCAAUGCGAUGGCUGGGGCGGGGUCGGGCCCUCUAUAAGUUGUCGAUAGGCGGGCACUCCGCCCUAGUUUCGAAGGAUCAUGUCUGCGAGUCAGGAUUCCCGAUCCAGAGACAAUGGCCCCGAUGGGAUGGAGCCCGAAGGUGUCAUCGAGAGUAAUUGGAACGAAAUUGUUGACAGCUUUGAUGACAUGAACCUCUCUGAAUCCCUCCUCCGUGGCAUCUACGCCUACGGUUUUGAGAAACCCUCUGCCAUCCAGCAGCGAGCCAUUCUUCCUUGUAUCAAGGGUUAUGAUGUGAUCGCUCAAGCCCAAUCUGGGACUGGGAAAACGGCCACUUUUGCCAUAUCAAUUCUGCAGCAAAUUGAACUGGAUUUAAAAGCCACCCAGGCCUUGGUGCUGGCACCAACUAGAGAGUUGGCGCAGCAGAUACAAAAGGUGGUCAUGGCAUUAGGAGAUUACAUGGGUGCCUCCUGCCACGCCUGCAUUGGGGGUACCAACGUGCGUGCUGAGGUGCAGAAGCUGCAGAUGGAAGCGCCCCACAUCAUUGUGGGUACCCCAGGCCGUGUGUUUGACAUGCUUAACCGGAGAUACCUGUCUCCCAAAUACAUCAAGAUGUUUGUGCUGGAUGAAGCUGAUGAAAUGUUGAGUCGAGGAUUCAAGGAUCAGAUUUAUGAUAUAUUUCAAAAGCUUAAUAGCAACACCCAGGUGGUUUUGCUGUCUGCUACAAUGCCUUCUGAUGUCCUUGAGGUGACCAAGAAGUUCAUGAGGGACCCUAUUCGAAUUCUGGUCAAGAAAGAAGAGUUGACUUUGGAGGGUAUUCGCCAGUUCUACAUCAAUGUGGAGCGAGAGGAGUGGAAGCUGGACACACUGUGUGACUUAUAUGAAACCUUGACCAUCACCCAAGCAGUCAUUUUCAUCAACACCCGAAGGAAGGUUGAUUGGCUCACCGAGAAGAUGCAUGCCCGAGAUUUCACCGUGUCUGCCAUGCAUGGAGAUAUGGACCAAAAGGAACGAGAUGUAAUCAUGAGGGAAUUCCGCUCUGGUUCCAGUAGAGUAUUGAUUACCACUGACCUGCUGGCCAGAGGCAUCGAUGUACAACAGGUUUCUUUAGUCAUCAACUAUGACCUUCCCACUAACAGGGAAAACUAUAUUCACAGAAUUGGUCGUGGUGGACGAUUUGGGCGUAAGGGUGUGGCUAUCAACAUGGUGACAGAAGAAGACAAGAGAACUCUUCGAGAUAUCGAGACCUUCUACAAUACCUCCAUUGAGGAGAUGCCUCUCAAUGUUGCCGACCUCAUCUGAGAGGGCUGUCCUGCUCUGAGCUCUCGCCAGGGCUCUGUCCUGGGAGGACCUGAGAAGAGCAGGAGGGGGGAGGGGAGGGAGCCAAGGGAUGGACAUCUUGUCUUUUUUUUUUUUUUUUGUCUUUUUUUUUUCUUCCUUUGAAUAAAUGUCACUUUUUGAGGCAAAAGAAGGAACCGUGAACAUUUUAGAAACCCUUUUCUUUGGGGUAGGCUCUUGCCCCAGGCGCCGUCUCCUCCAAAAACACUAAUACGUGUCCCUAACCUAGUCAACCUCCAACCCCCAGAGGCUCCCCACCCUAGCCAAAUUCCUCUGAAACGAACAAGGGGCUAUAAUCUUCUAUAAUCGACGCAACCUCAUUUGCCGGACCAAAUCUGAAGGGAGAACCCCUGAGCUAGGUGGCCCAGAGGAUUGUCCUCAGGUGUGGGGGGAGCAGGGGAGAGAAAAUGGUAGCCAUUUUUACAUUGUUUUGUAUAGUAUUUAUUGAUCCAGGAAACAGACACAAAAUUCUGAAUAAAAUGACUUGGAAACUGCC